GGUACACUUAAAGAAGAGUGCUCAGCCGCUCACAGCCCGCGUAAAGCACGCAAUUGUUGACAUUGACAGGUGGUAGAAAAUUUGCUAAAGACCCUGCAAAAAUGAAGGCUAAGUCUGGAGAUGUCAAAUUCAGCAGAGAUGACGGAGCGGCCUUUCUGCAAAUGAACCUUCUCAAGGGUCUAAUUCAGCAGCACCGAUUGGAAUGGAGCAAAUCAUUCAAAGAAUGUCAACCUCUGAUCACUCUGGUGGACCAUCCGCCCAGCUUCAUGAGGGUCUUGAACGCCCACUGCAACGGCCGCUUCUUAGUCAUCUCAAACACUGUGGUCAACAAAAUUGACCCACUCGCAAAUGUCAACUCUGAAAAGCAGGAAGUCGUAGCCCCCGUUGGACUUGAAAUUGAGGGCUGUCCCUUGGAAUGCCCCUUCACAGAGGAGGAAAUGGACUUGCUCAACUCGAAACUCACAACUCUGAACAAGAAUUUCUUCCCCCUUGACAUCUACACGCCCUUGCCUGUUCAGCUGGCCAGAAACAUCAUGCUUUGGUAUGGCAUGGAAGUUGCUAAGUUCUGCCGAGCAAACCAAUUCAGUCAACACGACUUGGCUUCAGUGAUCGUCGUUUGCAUUGGGGGCCCAACAGUUCUCUCCUCCUGUCUCUUUGGCUCUGGCUCGUUGACGUGCAUCAGUGACACUACCCUUGAGGCAAAGUCUUUGGGAAAUCUGAAUGCCAGUGAUAUGAAAGUUGUCAGAGAGAAAAUUUUCAAUCAAGUCAUAAACUCCGGCGCUGAACUUGAAAGUUCAGUUUUGCGAGCAGAGUAUUUGCAACAAACUCACCUGAAAGAAGGCACUGAUCCUAAGGCAGACUGUUUUCACGUCAAAAUGGCAUGGGCCAAUCCAAAAAAUUUCAACUCUGACAUUCCUACUACUCAGUUGGCUGGCACCGAAGCCAAAAUUGAAAUCACCCUGCAAAACAACUACUCUCACUGGCAGACAGGAAAGAUUUGGGAAGAGAUCCAUCUGCUACAGUAUAUUUCAGGAAUCUUAAAGCAAGAUUCAGUUGACCCCAGCGUUUCUUUGCCCUGCGUCGAUGCAGAGCCAACUGGCCAAACUAUCCUAGAAAUGCUGAAUUCCAAUCUUGAUCUUGAUACUGAAACAGAUUUGGAGUCGCUCAGCAACCUGUUCAAAAUUGUUGGCGAUGGGCAUCGACCUUGCUCAGACUUGACCGACGCAGUUUGGAACUCUAUCAAAAAUAUCUCCAUGAUCAACGACGUUGCAAUUGAAAUUGAGAAUGUGAUGAAGCAUAGUGUGAUUCACGAUUUCUUGAUCCAAUCGUGCAACAACAGCGACCUGGGGAAAAUUUGCGUUGGUUUGUUUAAAUCAAAAGAUGCUACUCUGAUUUCCGUCCCAACGCCAAAGCAAACUCUUACGUACAUGAUGCAAAUUGGCCUUCUGAAAGUCAAGAGGGAUUUCCUUUUCAUUGCUCAACAGUCUGAGAUGAUGAUCCUGAAUGUGAUCAGCAAGGCCUUGCAAGGUCUCGACGACAGUGAGACGAUCAGAAUGCUUUCUCAGGUGCACCAGGCAUUUGAAGUGGUCUUGAGAGCUGAAGAGUGGCUGCACUUGAAGAAGGAUGGUCUUGUCGACAUGUUUAUCAAAAGCUUGGAAACUCCGGUAUUGGACAAUAUUUCUCUAUUGAUGUCGGCAUUCCACCUCGUCCAUAUAAUAUCAAGUUACGAGCCAGUGAUUCGUAGCUGGGAACUGGAGCUGAAAAUAGGUGGGACCAAAAUGCACCAAACUUUUGUUGCAAGCCAGUAUCCCCUCUUUUCAUGGACAAUGCCUCAACUCGGAGAAGAUGAAUCUCAUGCAGAAGUAAAGCAAGAACAGAAAUUCUACUGUGCUCAGCUGACGGAGCAGAAAAGGCCGGUCAGGAUUAAUUAAGUGAAGUAAGAUACUCGCUACUCUUGGAAAAGUAUUAUUUUUUUAUUGCUUAUAUACAAAUAAUCUCACGUACUGAUAAUGUCGUUCACUUCAUACAACAAGACAUUCGCUCGCGUAUUGCACUUUGAGGUAUUUCCCUAUUGAUAUGCCUCCACCACUUCAAUGCCCCUGAUCAAAGUCUGAAUUUGUAAAAUACGUUUAUAUGUACAUGAUGCGAGCUGAUUAGGAAGGAAACGCUUUGUACACAUCAGAUAAAAUCGUGGUAUUUGGUCUGCGGGUUUGUUCAACUUUUUGAUUCUGUUUCUAUGUGGACUGGAGAUGAUCCGCCAGUUUGUGCAUUCAAUAAAUAUUUUCAUUUUCACCUAAU